AUGCCUCGGGGUCAGAACAGUAAGCGCUGCACACGUAGGAGACGGCGCCAGGCCCCAAGUGGGACCCAGGGUCUGACGGGUGCUCAGGCCACUGCAGCCGAGGAGGAAGCUGCCUCGUCUUCUUCUCCUCCUCCUCCUCUUGGAGUUACUACUCCUAGAAAGCCGGCUGCUAAGUCACGUAGCAAUUUCAAGAGUCGUCAGAGGGCCCUAGCCACCACCACUAAGCCUGCAGGUGUUUCUCCCACAAGAUCAUCCAAAGGAGCCAAAGGCCAAAUGGAGCAAAAGCACAGUUCAACUCAGGCUCCCGUCUCCGCCCUGCGGUCUCGCAAAGGCCCUCUAAGGCAGACAGUGAAUUUGUUGGUGCAGUUCCUGAUGCACAUGUAUAAAAAGAAAAGGCCUGUUACGAAAGCACAUAUGCUGAAGUUUAUCAAUAAGAAGUACCAAAAGCAAUUCCCUAAGAUCCUCAGAAGAGCUUCUUUCAACAUGGAGGUGGUAUUUGGUGUUGACUUAAAGGAGGUCGACCGUACCAAGCAUUCUUAUACCUUUGUCAGCAAAAUGGCUCUCCCCAACAAUGGGACCGUGGGUCGUGCCAGGGGAUUACCCAAGACCGGUCUCCUGAUGUAUCUCCUGGGUGUGAUCCUCAUGAAGGGCAACUGCGCCACAGAGGAGAAUAUCUGGGCAUUCCUGAAUAAGAUGAGUGUCUAUGCUGGGAAGAGGCACUUCAUAUUUGGGGAGCCCAAGAAGCUCAUCACCCAAGAUCUGGUGAAGCUGAAGUAUUUGGAAUACCGGCAAGUGGCCAACAGUGAUCCAGCGCGCUACGAGUUCCUGUGGGGCCCGAGAGCCCACGCCGAAACCAGCAAGAUGAAAGUCCUGGAGUUCCUGGCCAAGAUCAAUCACACGGUCCCCAGUGCCUUCCAGUGUUGGUAUGAAGAGGCUUUGAGAGAUGAGGAAGAGAGAGCGCAAGGCAGUGGAUCUUCCGGGGUUCUGUCCAGCUCCUCCCACACACAAACUGAGGCAGAUUCUGCACUUUGUGGCUGA